UCGGUAUCCAAACACCUUCUUUAACAUUCACACUUGCAUUUCAUACUGCUCAAACUGCACCAGGUCAGUUUGAACGAACGAAGAUAGCACUGAUCUCAGGCGUAGCGCGCUGAGUCGUACACACAGCCCGCAAUGUCUACAACUCCGUCCUACCCAAAUGGCGACGAGGAAAAACAAGUUGUAGAUAUCCAUGACCAAUCCGUCAGCUCAUCAUCUAGCACCGGCCCCGAAUCAGAAAAACCUCGACUCAGCAAAGACAGCGCAGGUGCGGAAGAAGGCGGAGCCACAGAGUCACAGGAUGCCGGCGAGUACGCAACUGGAGCGAAGCUCUUGAUUAUCGUCCUUGCCCUAGUCCUCAGUGUUUUCCUCUUCUCUCUCGACCAGACGAUUGUCGCGACCGCGAUUCCGAAAAUCACCGAUGAUUUUCGCAGCCUCGAUGACAUAUCGUGGUACGGCUCAGCUUUCUUCAUGACGCUGGGAGGGUUUCAGUCCAUGUGGGGUAAAGCGUACAAGUACUUUCCCCUCAAGAUUAGCUUCCUGUUGGCCAUUUUUGUCUUUGAGCUCGGAAGCUUGAUCUGCGGUGUGGCACCGAAUUCGCUGACGCUUAUUGUUGGUCGCGCGAUUGCUGGUGUUGGUGCCGCGGGUAUCGGGUCGGGAGCGUAUACGAUUGUAGCCUUUGCUGCUGAGCCGAAGAAGAGGGCGACGUAUACAGGUAUCCUGGGUGCGGCGUAUGGUAUCGCUGCUGUGGCUGGGCCGCUUGUUGGAGGCGUACUGACGGAUAAGGCUUCUUGGCGAUGGUGUUUCUACAUCAACCUCCCAAUCGGCGGUCUAGCCGCUGCCACCAUCUUCAUAUUCUUCCAGACGCCCAAAGCCGCGAAGCCCGUCGACGCUCCCCUCGGCGAGAAGCUCCUACAGAUGGAUCCCAUGGGUACGGUUCUCAUCAUGGGCGCCGUAAUCGCGUACAUCCUCGCUCUCCAGUACGGCGGUGCAAGGGAAUCAUGGAACUCGGGUAUCGUCAUUGGUCUUCUCGUCGGCUUCGCUGUUAUCCUCAUUGCCUUUGGCGUCUUGGAGAUCUGGCAAGGCGAGCGCUCGAUGCUCACACCGCGUCUGAUGCGCAACCGAUACGUCUGGGUAAACGGCUUAUUUGGGUUUUUCUUCUGCGGCGCCUACUUUGUUCCGCUGUACUACCUGCCCAUUUACUUUCAGAGCAUCGACAACGUCAGUCCUACGGCUUCGGGCGUACGCAAUCUGCCCCUCAUCAUUGCGUUCAGCGUCGGUGCUGUGCUUUCUGGCGGCGCCAUUUCCAAAACCGGUGUUGCGACUCCAAUCCUUACAGUUAGCGCGGUCAUUACGACGGUUGCCGCAGGUGCAAUGUACACUCUUGAUAUUGGCAGUGGGACUGGUAAGUGGAUUGGAUUUCAGAUCCUGUCGGGAUUGGGAUUCGGAGUAGGUUUCCAGGUCCCCAUCAUCGUGGUACAAGCUACUGCACAGCCAACGGACCUGGCCUCUGUGACUGCGAUUACUUUGUUUUUCGAAACUGUCGGCGGCGCUUUUCUCGUCGCUGCCGCUCAAUCCGGUUUCGUCAACCAGCUCCUGCACAAACUCGCCUCUACUGCCGCUGGCGUAAACCCAGCUCUCGUCGUAGCUACCGGUGCCACUGAUCUGCACAGGGUUUUCUCAGGUGAUGAGCUGAAUGGUGUUCUGGUCGCAUACAUGGCUGGCAUCAAGGUCGCGUUCGCUAUUACGGUUGGUGCUGUCGGCAUCUCAGUCCCGAUCAGCUUGCUGAGCAAGUGGGGGAGAAUAAACCAGCAGAAGCCUAGUGUGUGAGAGGGAAUUAUUUGGAUGAGAAGAUGGUUUCAAUUGAUAGCAUGGAUAUGUUGUUUGUAUCAUAUGGUGGCUGAAGUUAAAGAAUUGUAGGUGGAUAGAUAGUCGAUGUGAGUGAACGAAUGAAAA